AUGGCAACUGUCGACGAUAAGCCGCUGACCAUCCACGGCGGGUGCUUAUGCGAGUCCGUCCGCUACACCAUCGCCUUCCCCCCGGACCACGACUUCACCAAAGCGUGCUCAACAUGCCAAUGCUCCCAGUGCCGCAAGCAAACCGGCUCCCUCAUCUUCCGCGUGCAAAACAUCCCCCUCUCGGCGCUGACCUGGGACGCGGACUCCACGCUGCGCCGGUACCGCGCGAGCGAGGGCCGCGCGCGCGGCUUCUGCUCCGCGUGCGGGAGCUUCCUCUUCUGGCAGGACGAGAGCUACGACAGCAUCGGCAUGACGGUCGGGUGCUUCGACAAGGACGCCCUCCGCGGCGCGCACGGCAGGGCGUUGACGUACGCGGAGAGGCAUCUGUGGUGCGAUGCCGAGAUUGAGGGCGUGACGGACCACCUCCCGGGAGAUAGGUACAAGUUUGACGACGAGGACGGCGAGGUGGUACUGCUCUCACCCAAGUAA